AUGAGCCAGGUGGCCCAGGAUCGAGCCACCCUGCGUGAGGUUAUGAACCAGCUAAAGGCCCUGACCACCCUGACACACGGCCCCCAUAGGACCCGGCCCCUGCAGGCAAGCAGCUACUUACAGAAGAUGACGAUGGACAACGACGUAGAGGCAUAUCUCCUCACGUUUGAGAGAACAGCCCCGCGAGAGGCCUGGCCCCAAGACCAGCGGGCCAGUAUCCUUGCUCCUUUUCUGUGUGGGGAGGCACAGAAGGCAUAUUUUGACAUAACAGAAGCAGCUACCACCCCAGCUGAAGGUGGAGAUCUUGGCGAGGAGCUGCAGAAUCUGGUUUCCAAAUAUCCGAACCUGGUGAUGGUGAAGCUAGAGAUGCUGGGUGCCUACAAGACCAACGUGGUUGGCCCAAUGUUGGUGGGCCAGACUCGGCGGCCCGGAAGGAGUCAGACAUUUGAAUGUGGCUGGGCCCAAGGAUCAGGUCACGUGUCUGGCUGGACCGGGCCGAAGAACACACGAGGGAAACUGAGGCAAGGGGCCGCAGCAGCCCCCUGGCGAGUGCCGGAGCGGCCGCUGGCGGCAGCAGGGCUCUCGGCCUGGCUCGGCCGCUCCGGGGUGCGGCGCCGGGCAGGGCGGAGCCGCCGGGAGCCCCGGGCCCACGGCCGCUGCUCGGGGCCCCGCGGAGCCAGCGGCAAGGCCCGGCCCCAGGCCCCGGCGAGACGAGCCCGGCCGCCCGCUGAGAACGGCCCGGCCCGGCCCGCCGGCGGCGGACAGCAAAAGACGGGCACCAGCAGUUUUCCUCCCCACACUCCACCCCAGUCACUGUACUGGCUCGCCUGCCUCACCACCCUUUGUCUUCAGACACCACCGGUGUGGUGCUCUGCUCUGUUCAGUGUUGAUACCAGUCGGCUGCGUGCGUGUUCCCUCCGUGUGCUGCCCUGGCUCUGCAGAUCGCUGACCCAGCAGACCCCGAGAGAGCCCCCAAUGACCACCGACUCUGAUAAGGCGUUCCUGCCCUUGCUGAAGAAGGCUGCCCAGGGAAGUAGCCAGAAUGGGCUGAGCUGCAGCAAGGCGGCCAUUGUGAACAUUUCCUCUUUUAUGGGAUCCAUUGACAGAGUCCCUGAGACAUUCUCUGUGCCAGCCAUCUCCUACCGCUGCAGCAAGGCCGCUCUCAACAUGCUGACCCGGUGCCAGGCACCGAGCUACGCAGAGGACGGCAUUCUGUGCACUGCAGUUCAUCCCGGUUGGGUGAAGACCGACAUGGGCACCCAAGAGGCCCACCUGCCCGUGGACGAAAGCGUGCGGGGGAUUCUCGCCGUGCUUCCUACCCUCUCCGAGAAGCACAGCGGGAGCCUCUGGAGCUGGACAGGGAAGACUAUUCCCUGGUGAGAGAGCAGCACCGUACCUGGGCUGAGAGCAGAGGUGCUGUGUGCCAGAAACCCUGCGGCCCGAGAGGGGAGGCCAUGACCUCAGGUGGUGCUCGCAGGCUCCAUGGAAUCUGUUUAGGUGUUUGCAGAGCUGAGGUCACUGAGUACAAUCCCUUGUUUGUAAAGACACUGGUGUGUUCCACGUAGUCAGUGUGAUCUGCAGACGGGGCCAUGGGCUCCCUGUAGCUGCUUCACAAAUACCCUGAGACACAGACAGUGGCAGUCCUCUCUCUUCUCCCAGCAAGUCCAAGGACUCCCCUGCAGAUGGGGUGUCUGCCCUGGCCUGCCGGUACCACGCAGCGCCCUGGCCCCUAUCUGCCUGCUCUCCCCAGGACUCCAGAGCCCGAUUCACAUCACCCGUGCCUGUCUGUGUGUGCACUGACCACAUGGCCAAACGGGGGAGCUGUACACGUGCGUGACUAGACAGGUAUGCAGCUGCUUAGGAGCCUGGUGGGUGGAGAGUGCCGGCUGGGGGCUGGCAGAGGUGGAGGUGCAUUUCUCUGCCACAACCAUCUAGGGUUAAAACUCGCUUUUUCUCUCCCCGUCUGACGUGGACCCAGAGAGCCUGUCCUCUGACGAGGCUGGGCUGCCCUGAGCUAGAGCCGACACCCGGCUAGGAUUGGCCUGGCUCAGAGCCCGAGGGGCAGCCUAGAACUCACAGUCCAGCGGCAGCGGUGCUGGGGCAGCUAAGGGGUCUGUAAGCUGCCUGUGUGACCCUUGAUCCUGGCUGUUCUGGGGCUGGAGAGGCCGCUGGUGGGAGUUAGACACCCUCUGGGUGCUGAGUUUCAGCAGCCUCCGUGGGCUGCCCCAUAGGUUACAUUGCUGCAUCCCCGCCCUGGCACACCGGUCUCCCCGCCAGCCCUGCCUGCUGCCUGGUCUCUUUGCAAGGGAUUCCAUGGAGGAAGAGCUAUGGAUAGAGGGUCCUCAGAGAGGCUAAUACGAGACUCCUAAAAUAACCACGCCCUUGCCAUCGGACCCAGAGCUGUAGCUUUUUCCAUACAGUCAACUGCUGCCAUGUGGGACUAGAGUUUGGGCCCAUGACCCCUCUGGGACAAAGAAGGGGGCAGGCUCCUGCAUGCUGGCUUCGAGAGGGGCAGCAUGCCGCUAAGUGUGAAAAAUGCAUUUGAAGCCCCAGCGUCGUUUUCCAAGCUUGGAUUUGUUGCAGGCGACAGAUUGUGUGCAUUGGAGUUAUGACAAAUGCCGGAUGAGUGGGAACAUGGGCAGGCCUGACUUGCUGGCCCAGCUGGCCAGGGAUUUUGUUACAGAGGCAAGUGAGAGCCAGGUUAUGGCAGGGAUGGAGCUCAGACUGGAAACUUUCUGCCCUAGCAGGCCCCAAUCCUGCAGAAAUCUAGUGGGGGUGGUGCCCGCAAUUCCCGGAAGCGCCUUUGAAAAUCCCCAGCUAAUGCCUCUUCUCCACCCCUGCUCUCCUGAAGGAGGUGCCUGGGGUGAGGGCAGGACCGAAUCCUGCCCCAGCCACCUCCCAGACCAGUGUUUUCCCCAGGAAUUGAAAUUAGGGGGGUGUUCGAAUUUACUGGUCGGGGGGGGGGGGGUCAGGGCGAUGAUGGGUGAGGCCGUGAGGGUGAAAGUGGGCUGUCUGGCACCAUAGUAAAAAUUGAAAAAUGUUUCAUAACCAUGUUAUUAGAUUUAACUCAUGUUUUAAAAUCAUCACACCCUACUUCUUCAACAGCAGCUGCGCUGGCCCUGGCCUUGCCCCAUGUGGACAAGGGGUUUCCCUACACCCCCCAUUAUUACUGACUUUUUAAAGUAUCUACCAAGAUAACGUACACAAUGACUUAAUACUUGAUGCCCAUUUGCAUCCGUGCAUUUGUCAGCCAUGUAUGCAAAUUUUCUGAAUGUGGUGAGAGUCCUUUACUUUUUCAA